AUGUCCUCUCCUGUCCUGUCCAGCCAGGUUUAUCCUGGACAGUGUCUGUCCGUCGGCCCCAUGGGCCCCGUGGGCCCUGGGUCUGGACGGCCAGUCUGUUUCAUGGUGGUCUUCAACACACCCAGUCCCCUCAGUAAGAUCUCCUGGGUCAACCGCCUUCACCUGGCCAAGGUCGCACAACGAGAAGAGAACUCACCAGGCUGGUUCUGUGCUGAAGAUGUAGAGAAGACCAUGGAUGCAUUCAGGUGCCCGCUGCUUGCCUGCCGCGUGCCUGUGUUUGCAACCAAAACUCCAGAAAGGAAGCUUGAAGCUGCUAUCCACAACCCUGUUCAAUGUGCAAUGCUGGGGUUUUCAGCAGCCAGCACAUCCCUACCUCAAGGCUACCUCUGGGUGAGUGGAGGGGACGGCACGCAGGGCCAGGUGGAGAUCUUCUCCCUGAACCGACCCACGCCUCGGCCCGUGAAGAGCCUGCCCGUGGACUCUCCGGUGCGCUGCCUGGACUACGUGCCCGAGCCGGGCCCCUCAGAGGACGAGGAGGGGGGUGCCCUCCGGAGCCCCACAGGGGUGGGGAACACCAUCUGCGUGGGCCUGGACAGUGGAAGCAUCCUGGUGUUUGGGAGUGUGGACACGGCAGCCCAGUGCCUGCUGACCCUCCGCACCGCCGACGGCUCCCCUGUCCUCAGCCUGAAGCACUCUGCCAGGUACCUCUUCGCUGGGCUGAGGAAUGGGACCAUGCUGCUCUACGGACGGACCAACGCGGGAGAGCUCUGGGAGCCAUCUUCGUGUAGGAGUGUGGUGGUGGGUCCGGAGCCGGUCCGCACGCUGCUGGUACUGGAGGAGUCGGUGUGGGCCAGCUGUGGCAACUCUGUCACCAUCGUCGAGGCGCUCAGCUUAUCCACUCAGCGGUUCGAGGUCCACCCUGACCCCAUGGUCAGCGUGGCCCACAUGGUACGAGCCGGAGGCGGGGUGUGGAUGGCGUUCUCCGAGGGCUCGUCCAUCCGCCUCUUCCACACAGAGACUCUGGAACACCUGCAGGAAAUCAACAUCUCCACCCGGGCCACUCUGCUCAACCCAGGCCAGAAGAUGCGUGUCACCAGCCUGCUGAUCUGCCAGGGGCUGCUAUGGGUGGGCACGGCCCAAGGCAUCAUCAUCACCCUGCCCGUCCCCAAACUGGAGGGCAUACCCAAGAUCACAGGAAAGGGUAUGACCUCUCUGAAUGCCCACUGUGGACCGGUGGACUUCCUGGUUGCCACGUCCAGCAUCCUGUCACCUGACCUCCUGAAGCGAGACUCGGUCGGCGAGGGUCCAGACUCGGCGUGUGGAGGAGAGGAGCGCAGUGACUCGUCUUCCCAGGAGUCUUUGCAGCACUCGGGCUCCUCCCAGGGCGGCGACGGGGGGCGGGGCAAGGGGCGGGGCGUGCUGCUCCAGUACCGCCUGCGCUCCACGUCGGGCUUGCCCGGGCGCCCGUUGACAGCGCGCGGCGACGAGGCGUCCGAUUCGUCCCUGGAGUCUCUGGAGCACAGCAUGGAGGACGGCUCCAUCUACGAGCUCAGCGACGACCCCGAGAUGUGGGUGCGCGGGCACGCCUGCGAACGCGAGGGCGGCCGGAGGGACAGGGUCACCUCGGCGGCGGUGGUUUCGGGUGGGAGGGGCUUCCGCAGGCUGAGGGAAGGGGUGGCGGCGGGCGGCGCCGGAGGGGCGGAGUCUUCUGAGAACACUCUGAUGGUGUGGCAGCUCCCGUUGACCGUGUGAUCCGGGGGGGGGCUCGCCUCGCACGGCAGGUCCGGGGCCAACAGGAGGCUGUCGUUCACCCCAGCAGGGCCAGGACACCGGCCAGUGAGGGAGUGGCAUCUUCACCAGUUGACAAACGGCACCACGACAGGGAUAGGAGGACUAGAUGGACCUGCUGGUGCACUGACAAGCUGCUAAGACCUCCAUGUGGCUCUGCGUCGCUUGUAUCAGCGUUGAGAUUCAUCAUCUCCAUCACCAUCAUCCUCAUCCCUUACGCAGUUCCAGAGCUCCUAAGCUGGUCACCGAUUAGUCCAACUUCACAUACCUAAAUCCAGCUUCAUACUUUAAUCAGGUCCGGCUGUGCUAACAAACACACACACACACUUGGCACACACACACACGCACGGCCAUACACACACACACUCACACACGUUCAAAAACUCCUUUGUGAGGAGCAGUGGACUGUGUUCCUUUGAGAGGGAGUCUUUGUUAUGUGUGCCAUGCUGCAGUGCUGGGAACCUCUUUCAUCCCCUCCUCUGGGAGGGAUCCCAUCUGUUUAGAGCACCAACACGGAGCACUACUCCCGGUUUCACAAAGUACACCAACAUCAGUGUGACGCCAUCCGCCCUCUCCCUGGCAAUGUGAAUUAUGCGAGCGUCGUCUCAUGUACGUCGAAAGUGAGAGCGCUUGCGGCAAACGGACAGAGGCUGUAACUGGAUGUCUUAUCGGUAUUGUCUCACACAUCUGGGUGUUGAAGGUCUACUGUCAUUAAUGUAGCACUGUUGGGUUUUUUAAAGUAGAUAAAGUAUGUUUAGUGGGAUAUACAUAAUACUGACCCAUCAAUUGAUCACAAGAGCUUAUAACUAAUCAGUUAAACAACUUCACUAGCUUGUUAAUGAACCACGGACAGUAACUAACAUCCCGUUCACAAGCAAUCAAUAGCACGCAAAUGAGGAGUCUGUUACCUGGAGUCUGUUGUAGAUAGUGUGUGUGUGUGUGUGUGCGUGUGUGGUGUGUUAAAAAUCCCACGUGUGUCACAGAGACUGAAUGUGUUACAGAGAGUGUGUGUGUAUUACAGAGCGUGUUUCAAAACCCACUUAAGAGCAUGUGCAUACAGCCAUGUCUGACACAGCUCCACUUGGUAGCAAACAAAGGAUCUGCAUGUGUGCUAAAUGUUUACACCAUGCUACACAUUCACACUUCACUUUCUCACAGUACAAUAUAUAUAUAUAUCGUCUUAACAUCUUAAGAUCGUCUUAACAUCUUCUAACGCGGGGUUCCAGACUGGGAAGGUUCCUAGGUGGAGACAGCCUGCCACCGUUGAACAAACCAUUUGAGUUUAACAUAAGAGCUCUGUAAAAGUUUGUGAAGAUUGGAGAUUGGAACAAUGUACUGAUAUAGAGUGUGUGUUAUGGCACUGAAGUGUUCUUUGGGAUCGCUUACGGUGCUGAAUGAAAGCAGUACUUGAUGGCGCAUAUAUAAGCAGAAACCACCCAUGAAGGGAUUAUGUUCUGCUUGCUGGCAGAAGGCCAUAUAUCUUACUGCCCUCUGUGACAUUUUUGUAAAUGUCAUGGAUGUUUGUUCUUCACCUCAGCAUUGGAAUGCACGAGCUUUGCAGCCCAGGUCAGGGUCCAUGUAUAAACUACAGACACGGUGUUUGUGUGCUACAAAAUUCCUAUUUCCUGUGAACUUGUCUCUCUCUCACACAAGGUUAUGGAGAUGCUCUGCCAGGAUAAAGGAGUUCACGGUCGAGCGGCCUUUAUGAAAUAUAGAUAUGUGAAUGCAUCUUUCUUUCACGUGUCCCGCACCUCCAGCAGAGCUGUCUCAAUAAAGCUGCAGAUUCAACC